UAAGCGAAAUGGGAAAUGUUAGUGAAGCAUGUAAAAUCAAUGAAUUAGGGGAAGUAAAUAAAUUAGGUGAGAUAAAUGAAUCAGGCAAAGUAAAUGAAUUAGGCAAAAUAAAUAGAUCAGGCGAAGUAAAUGGAUCAGGCGAAGUAAAUGAAUCAGAGAAAGUAAAUGAAUCAGGCGAAAUAAAUGGAUCAAGCAAAGUAAAUGAAUCAGGUGAAGUAAAUGAAUCAGACGAAGUAAAUAAAUCAGGUGAAGUAUAUGAAUCAGGAGAAGUAAUUGAACCAGAUGAAGUAUAUGAAUUAGAUGAAGUAAAUGAAGAAAGCAAUGAGCAAACAAAUGAAGAGCAAACAAGUAAUAAAGAGCAAACAAGUAAUGAAGAGCAAACAAGUGAUGAAGAGCAAGAGUAA